GACAAUAUGCGCAUGCGCUACUGUACACCACUGUAUGUUGCGGAAAUGGUGUCAACAGGUGAGGUGUUUUGUCUGUUGUUAGUCGCGAUCUUAUGGGGAGGCACAAACCCAUUCUUGAAAAAAGGCACAGAGGGAAUUGAACAGGUACGGAGGGGAAGCAAGCUCCUUCAGUUUCUGGGAGAAGUCAAAUUCCUUUUUCUCAACCUCAGGUAUCUGGUGCCAUUCCUGUUGAACCAAAGUGGAUCAUUAGUGUUUUAUUUCACUCUCGCUUCUACAGAUCUGUCUCUGGCCGUGCCUGUGGUGAAUUCCCUCACGUUUCUGUUCACACUGCUAAUGGGUAAAUUGCUGGGAGAAGAGUUUGGAGGAAAGAGAGCUGUGCUUGGUAUGUUACUCAUCAUGUCUGGGGUGACUGUGUGUGUGCUGAGUUCUGUGUCUGAGACAGACAGCAUGGGCUCCACAACAUAAGUGACAACUAAAACAUACUGCUGGACUGGACAGUGAAUGUAGAGAAAGCUGGGCUUAAACUCUGGACUACGGAUCUGGCCAUGUUGUUACACACACAGUGUCUAUGCUGCUGCAUUUUCAAUAUGUGCCGUGAACUCGUGGACUAAGAAGGGAAAUAGGUUGCUUGUGUCUUUAAGGAGACUUUGCAGAUGUACUUAUACAGCUAUCAACUAAUGUUUUGCACUUUAAUUGCUUUUACCACAGACUGUGAAGUGUCACUUUUAAGUGUAUGUGGAUUGUGGAACUUACAAAAUACUUAUUCAUAUUGUAUUAUUAAAGGGAUAGUUCACCCAAAAAUGAAUUCAUGUUCUUCAUGCAUAUGCCCCCUACUGGGCAGGGAGAAAAUUUCUAGCAAAAAUUGACUUGCAUAUUGAUGUGUUUCUCAUCCACACCUAUUAUACCACUUCUGAAGAUAUGGGUUUUACCACUGGAGUUUUAUGGAUUACUUUUAUGCUGCCUUUGUGAUUUUCUGAGCUUCUAAAUUUUGGCACCCAGUCACUUGCAUUGUAUGGACCUACAGAGCUGAAAUAUUCUUCUAAAAAUCUUCAUUUGUGUUCAGCAGAAGAAACACAUACACAUCUGAGGGUGAGUAAAUGAUGAGAAAAUUGUAAUGUUUGGGUGAACUAUUCCUUUUAAGUUAAUUUAAUAAGAAGUGUUAAUAAUGCGUUUACUUAAAUACUUUUAUUUUAAAUGUCAUUUACAUUCAGAAGUCAUAUUUUGUUAAACUGAAGUAAUAAUACAAAAUCCUAUAUGUGAGUUUCUGCAUGUGAUAAUAAUUGUUACUACUUUGCAGGUUAUAACCUGAUUUUAUCUGCAAUUUAUCACCAAAAUGUUUAAAAAAGCCAAUUUUCAUGGUCAGAGCAUGUGUGUAGGAGGGGAGGAGUGUCUCUUUAAGGUCCUGCAUCAUAUCCAGCCUGGAUAGGUUGCUAAGGAACCCCGUCUGUCUGUUCCUCAUGGGAACCCCCAGUCUGAUAAACACAUACAAAGAGCAACACAAGGUGUUUAGAUGGUUAAUGUUGACAUGCAAGUCUUAGAAAUGAAAAAUAUACAAGUAUGAUAGGGUAGCAACAUCUAAUUGCUCCUAUCUGUGACAUUCCAAUAUUGGACUAUAUAAUCAAUAUCACUUAUUAUCGCUACAGCUGACAAAACGUUGAUGACAUUUCAACAAAUUGUCAGAAAAAACAUAGGACUGAGAAAGACAUUAGAGUUGUGUCUUAAUUGAUUGACAGUGUGUGUUAACAAACACAAAAAUAAUCCUGAAGGUUUAACUGCUAUCUCACCAGGCCUGUGAUGCAAAUUGCUCUACUGUAAUAGGGAAAGCAAUUUUCUAUAUACAGUAGUAUCAUUUGCAUUGUUUUUUAAACUUAAUGUCUAUGGAUCAUACACUAUCAGGUUUCAUGCUGUGUGUCCUCAGUGACCUUGGGUGGUGAUGAUGAUGAUGAUCUGGAAUGUUGUGUGACUGACUCCUAAUUGGAAAUAAAACAAAAGUCCCUCAGAUUACGAAUGCUUUUACUAUUAUAGAUGCCAAACAGUUUAUAAAAAAUCUGCAUGAUUUGAUUAGAUAAUGCUAUAAUAAUGAAUUCUAAGCUGAUUCUGUUUCAUGUAAGCCUAACUGAAAACACAAAUUUUAACAUAAAACUACAAUAAAUAAAAUAAUUUAAAAAAAAA